AUGUGUGGAAGAUUUGCUUUGGAAAUCACAGGUCGAGAAGUUGCUGAUCAAAUUGUGAAUGAUUUCUAUUUAGAUAUUAUUGAAUCUGAGGAAGAAGUUGAAACGGGGGCAGUCCCUGAAGAAGGAGAAGAGGACAUACGAGAAGAGCGUGGGAAUGGAUUAGGUAAAUCUUAUAAUGUUGCACCAACGAGUUUUGUUAACGUGUAUACCAAUUCUCAUCAUUUGAGGACUAUGAAAUGGGGGUUAAUUCCGCAAUGGAUAGCUCGUAGUAAGAUGGAUUCGUAUAAUUCUGGUAGGACCAUAAAUGCUAGAUUAGAGACAUUGAGUAGUAAGAGGAUUUGGAAAGGUUGUCUCAAGUAUAAGAGGUGUGUCAUUCCUGUUAGUGGAUAUUAUGAAUGGCAAAAAAAGAAGGGAGAAAAGAUCCCAUAUUAUGUCAAGAGGAAAGAUAAUAAGUUAAUAUUUUUAGCAGGUCUUUAUGAUCAUUUGAAUCAAGAACAAACAAAUGGAUCAAAAGGUGAGAAAAGUGAAGGGAAAGUAGAAAUUAAAGAAAGAGAGCAAACAUUAUACAGUUUCACAAUAGUUACUGGGGUGGCACCAGAUUCUUUGAAAUGGUUACAUGAUAGAAUGCCAACUGUAUUGGAACCAGGUAGUAAAGAAUGGAAUGAAUGGUUAAAUGAGGAUAAAACUGAAUGGACACAGAAGGAAUUAUACGACACUUUAAAACCUACUUACAAUGAAUCAUUAAUGGAAAGUUAUCAAGUCAGUAAAGAUGUUGGGAGUGUCAAGAACAAAGGUGAAUAUUUGGUAGAACCAGUACAAACGGCAACUCCGAUUAAACCAAAGAAAGAAUCAUCUAGGAAUGGAUCAGAGUUAAAAAAGGAAGAAGGUACUGAUGGCAAACGUCAUGGUGUAAAGAAGGAGCAGGAGGAGAAAGAAGUGGAGGAAGGAGUGGGACAAAAAGGAGAUGAGGAAUAUCAAGAACCGGAAAAAGGACAACAAGGAGAAGUUAAAGGGGAGGAAGAAGAAAAAGUACCUAUUAAGAAAGGAAAAGGUUCUUCUUCUUCUUCUUCUUCUUCUAAGAAGGAUACUAAGGGUAACAAAAGAGAUAUUACAUCGAUGCUGAGAAGUAGUACAAGAGAUAAAACAGGAAAGAGUGGAGAAGAACAUGUUCCUCGACCAAAGAAGGAACGUAAACGUUGA